AUGGAUCCAAAAGGGCAGGGCGGCGACCCCAACGGCCGCGGCGCCUACUACAACUACAACCAAGCGCAGCGUCAUGACCACCCCUCGUCGUCGUCGCCUCGAUGGCUGGCGCUGCCGCUGUUGACCUCGUGGCCCCAGUUGCAGCCGCAGGGUGGCUACCCGAGCUCCUUUAACGUCGGCAUCCCUACCGACGGCAACAUCUCGGGCAACGUUUUUGCUCCCUUGGCCGUCCCCAUGCCCGGCCCCGGCUACCACUACUCGGAGGUGGCGGGGCCAUCGGUGCCGAACGCCAUCGCCAGCCAGAACCAGUACCAGCCUUGGGCAAACCAGCCUCAUCCUGACUCCGCCGCCUUCUUCCCCGCGUCCGGGUACAACCCCGUCUAUCUGCCCGAGGCGGGGGUCUACGCUCAGCAGCCCAGCUCCGCCACCGUCUUCAACGCGCCCGGGUACAACAGCAACCCGCACGCCUUCGUCUAUCAGCCCGGGGCACCGCUCUACGCUCAGCCCGGCGCCGCCACCGACUUCUCCGCGUGGGGCGGCAACGCCAACGACGACCCGUACACCUCCGCCGGUCUGGUCGCGCCGCCCGCUAACGCUAACCAGGGUGCGAGUCGCGGCCCAGUGGCUGGCGAUUCAAACCGAUCCCGUCUGGCGCUUCAGAAUGUCCAGGCGAACGACCUGCUAGGCGCCGUCCUGCGUGCGAACACGCCCGGCGAGCUCGUAGCCAUCGUCAAUUUCCUGAUAUGGAACCAAUACAACGGGGUCCCCCUGAUGGAAGUCGCCGAACCUAGGGCCGGGGAGACAGCUCUGAAGGAGCUCGUCAGGUUGGUGGCGCUGCACUUGGCCCCCGGAGCAUUGCAGCGGCUAUUCAGGUGCCUAAUCCAUGGAUGGAUAAUGGAACAGAGCAACGGCCCGCACCUGCUUCAGCAUUUCUUCACCACGCUUGAUUACGUCCAUUGCUCGAUUUUCAUCGACGAGCUCGCCGUCCCCCGCUUCUGGGAAAUGGUCACGGCCAGGAUCGGGUACGGGCAUAGGAGCAUGAUGACGUGCCUCGACAAUACGGGAUACUACACUGACCAGGGUACUGCUCUCCACGUCACCUUCGUGUACCACACCGUCGAGAUCGCCAGGAACAUAUACGGCUCCCAACUCUUGCGGGCCGUCUUCGAGAGAGGCCGCAACGAUCAGCUCAAGGAACGCAUCAGGGAGCGCAUCGUGGGCAAUCUCGUGGAGUUGUCCAUGGACCAAUACGGGAACAACGUGGUACAAGCGUGCUUCAUCCCCAGCAUUAGGAUGCCUUUCUUUUCGGUGAUUCUGCUGCAGCGCGGGCUCCAAGCGUUCUUGCCCCUGCCCGGCGAGCAUCUCCGGGAGUUGGUGCAGAACCACUGCGCCCGCUACGUCCUCCGCCGGCUGCUCCGCACCAGCGUAGACUUCUUGGAGGGGAGAGCUUUGGAAGCUUCACCGAGUCAAGGUAGGAGGAGAAAUCUUAUAGGAGGUAGCCAAGACCUCCGUCCUCAUCUGCAGUACCACCAUGUCCAUGGCAGGGAUGAGCUAGGAGAGCUCAUCCCCUUGCUAGGAGGGGGUAUCAAGGCAAGAAGCAAGGAGGAGGAGAACCAUGCAAGACCAAGCACAAGCUCAUCCCCAAGCCCUCUAGAUCAUAUUGGCAACCCUGGUAGGUACAACACGAAUCCAAACCCUAGAAAUCAAUAG